AGCAUGGCUGACCCCUUAGCGGGAAAUUACACUCCACUCACACUCAGCAUUUCAAAUCUCCCUGCAGGGCGCCACCACUCACCGCCGACGACUGCCGUCCUCAGGAUGAAGAAGAGAUGCAGGCAAGCAGGGUCCGGAAACAAACCGACGCUCGAGGUGGUGACAUAGAGGAUAUCAGUUUCAGCAACAAGGAAAUUCCAAAAAUUAGGACUUCUUUGUUGGAAUGGUACGACGAAAAUCGAAGGGAUUUACCUUGGAGAAGACUAAGCAGUGGACAAGAUGAUGUUCAUGUUGAACAUAGAGAAAGGAAGGCUUACGCGGUGUGGGUAUCUGAGGUGAUGCUUCAGCAAACUAGGGUUCAAACGGUCGUUGACUACUUCAAUCGCUGGAUGGAAAAAUGGCCCACAAUCCACCAUCUGGCGCGGGCUUCUAUAGAGGAGGUGAAUGAGAUGUGGGCUGGCUUGGGUUACUAUAGGCGGGCUCGGUUUUUGCUGGAGGGAGCUAAAAUGAUUGUUGAAGGUGGAGGUGAGUUCCCUAAAACAGCAUCUUCUCUUAAGAUGGUCAAAGGGAUUGGAAACUACACUGCUGGAGCAAUUGCAUCUAUCGCUUUUGAGGAGACAGUGCCAGUGGUUGAUGGAAAUGUCGUCCGAGUGAUUGCCAGGUUGAAGGCUAUAUCUGCCAAUCCAAAAAACUCAGCAACAGUCAAGAAUAUAUGGAAACUGGCACGGCAGUUAGUUGAUCCUAAAAGGCCUGGGGAUUUCAACCAGGCUGUGAUGGAACUUGGUGCAACAGUGUGCAGUCCAGCAGCUCCCAGCUGCUCCACAUGUCCUAUAUCCCAUCAGUGUCAAGCACUAUCUCUCUCCAGGAGUAAUGAAUCUAUUCAAGUCACAGACUAUCCAAUGAAGGUUACCAAGGCCAAACAAAGACGUGAUUACUCUGCUGUCAGUGUUGUGGAGAUAGUUGAGGAGGGAUCUCAAUCUGACAGCAGAUAUCUUCUUGUCAAGAGACCAGAUCAGGGGUUGCUGGCUGGACAGUGGGAAUUCCCAUCUGUUCUAUUAGAUGGAGAAGCUGACUUGGCCUCACGGAGAAAGGCAAUCGAUAUUUUCUUGAAACAAUCAUUUGGUCUAGACAAGGAGAAGUCAUGUAAAGUAGUUUUAAGGGAAGAAAUAGGAGAAUAUGUCCAUGUAUUCACUCACAUUCGUCUCAAGAUGCACGUAGAGUUGUUGAUUUUGCACCUGAAAGGUGGUAUCAAUUUUCUACAAAGAAAUCAAGAGAGCACAACUAUGACGUGGAAGUUUGUUGAUAAUAAGGCCCUUUCAACUUUGGGAUUGACAUCUGGUGUAAGGAAGGUUUACAACAUGAUUGAGGAAUUCAAGCAGAAUAGAUCAGAUUCUCUCCCCAUGAAAACAAGAAAGAACAGAAGAGAAAACAACCUAAUCAAGCGAUGCUGAUCUUGUUCGCUGUUGAAACCCUCCUGGUUCAUGAAUAAUCGAUAAUUUUAUUUGCAUAAAUGCUUCAUCUUAAGGAAGGUGGCAUCAUUUUCUAGGGAAACUUAAGACAAAAAUGAUGUGCAUCUGGGCCCCUUCGUGCUACUGUUUCAAAUGCUUCCAUACAUUUUUGCCACUAAGGAACUUGUCACUGUGCGCCAUGCAGGAAGUAUUCACUAGUCCAUCUCUGGGUUUGCCGAUUAAAGACAACUUCAAAUGAUAAAAUUCGCUUAUUAUUGCUUCAUUUGCCAUCAGUAGCUGUGAUUAUCGCUUCAUUCACCAUCCAAUAGUAUCUGUUACUUGGAAGAUGUAUUAUGCAACCUUACUUAUUGUAAAAGUGGAAACUUGUGGAGAUCCCUUGUCAACAACCGUGUCCUCUUUUUGGUUUGAGGGAGUUGUAGAAAUAUGCUUCAUUGACUAUUCAUUGCUUUCCUGUGAUACAAUAAACUUUUGGAGUUCGUUGGCUUACGUUUCUUGAUA